AACGAGCUGCACUUCGGCGACAGGAAGGCCUUCGCUGCCCACGAGGAGAAGAUCCAGACCAUGUUCGAGCAGCUGGUGCUGGUGGACCACCCCAACAUCGUCAAGCUGCACAAGUACUGGCUGGACGCCUCCGAGGCCCGGGCGCGGGUCAUCUUCAUCACGGAGUACGUGUCCUCGGGCAGCCUCAAGCAGUUCCUCAAAAAGACCAAGAAGAACCACAAGGCUAUGAACGCCCGGGCCUGGAAGCGCUGGUGCACGCAGAUCCUGUCUGCGCUCAGCUUUCUGCACGCCUGCAGCCCCCCCAUCAUCCACGGCAACCUGACCAGUGACACCGUCUUCAUCCAGCACAACGGCCUCAUCAAGAUUGGCUCUGUGUGGCACCGAAUCUUCUCCAAUGCGCUUCCUGAUGACCUCCGGAGCCCCAUCCUGGCUGAGCGGGAGGAACAGAGGAACCUGCACUUUUUCCCCCCGGAGUAUGGCGAGGUCGCCGACGGGACCGCCGUGGACAUCUUCUCCUUUGGGAUGUGUGCCCUGGAGAUGGCCGUGCUGGAGAUUCAGGCCAACGGGGACACCCGAGUCACAGAGGAAGCCAUCGCUCGUGCCAGGCACUCACUGAGUGACCCCAACAUGCGGGAGUUCAUCCUCUCCUGCCUGGCCCGCGACCCCGUGCACCGGCCCUCCGCCCACAAUCUGCUCUUCCACCGUGUGCUCUUUGAGGUGCACUCGCUGAAGCUGCUGGCGGCUCACUGCUUCAUCCAGCACCAGUACCUCAUGCCUGAGAACGUGGUGGAGGAGAAGACCAAGGCCAUGGACCUGCACGCCGUCCUGGCGGAGAUCCCCCGGCCCCCGCGGCCCCCUCUGCAGUGGCGGUAUUCAGAGGUGUCCUUCCUGGAGCUGGACAAGUUCCUGGAGGAUGUCAGGAACGGAAUCUACCCGCUGAUGAACUUUGCCGAUGCGCGGCCCUUGGGGCUGCCCCGGGCACUGGCCCCACCCCCUGAGGAGGCCCAGAAGGCCAAGACCCCGACACCAGAGCCCUUUGACUCUGAGACCAGAAAGGUGGUCCACAUGCAGUGCAACCUGGAGAGGAGCGAGGACAAGGCGCGCUGGCAUCUCACCCUUCUCCUGGUGCUGGAGGACCGGCUGCACCGGCAGCUCACCUACGACCUGCUCCCAACCGACAGCGCCCAGGAUCUGGCCGCAGAGCUGGUCCACUAUGGCUUCGUCCAUGAGGAUGACCGGACAAAGCUGGCUGCCUUCCUGGAGAGUACCUUCCUCAAGCACCGCGGGGCUCAGCCUUGACGGCACCCGCAGCCCCAGC